AUGUCUGCUGUUGGAGUGGAGAUGAAGGCUGAAGAGGAGACGAAGGUAGAAGAGAAAGGAGGGGAGCUAUUGUUCUGUGGCGCCACGUGCUGGGAUAUUGUUGGUCGCAAGAAAGGUGCGCAGGAAGGUAACUUGGUCUCUCCUACUCGGCUCCGUCCUCUUGUUGGUGUCGAUAUCCGCUUCGUUGCCUCUGGUUCCUCUUCGUGUCACUGUGUAGCAUUGGAUGUUGAAGGGCGUUGCUACACAUGGGGACGCAAUGAGGCACGGGCUUAA